AUGUCGAGCUCAAACGGCGUGCCUCAUCGACACGCGGGUCUACAGCCAGUCUACAUAGCCACCCCUCGCACCGACACAGCGAACAACGUAGGCAGGAUUACCGGUAUUGAUUCUGAUACUCUCAACAAGAACAUAGCCCCUCAACGAACGGCGACAAAUUCAGGAAAUACGGAUCUCGAUACCCUCUCGUCCCGUACAGAUCACAUCAUGUCCCAGCUUCAAGGGAACCGUAAUACUAGCCGUAUGGGCCGUAUCAAGCAUUGCAACAAGUGCAAGCACCUCUAUCCUAUCGAACACUUUCAGUUUUUAGACAACUUUGGUCGCUUGAAGGAGCGAGUCAAUUGCCAAACGUGCCGCACAAAGCGUCGUGCCUCCGACAGAGCGCGAUUGGCCCGCGAGAAGGAGGCUCAAUGGGCCGAGCAGCAGCAGCGACGUCAGGACCUGGGACAGUUUUUCCGCGGCAGCGUUCCCUCAACAACCAUACCUAAUCAAAUUGCCUCGCCUCAAGGUGGUCUUGUUGCCGAUGAACCUCAGACGCAGGCAUUGCAGACCGAGCCCGGCUUCAACACGAUAGCACUCCGAGACCUGAUGCCUGCUGGCUGGGAAAAAUGGGCUGUACACAAUCACCAGCCUAUAUCCGCUCAAUCCGACUCACAGAAACCUCCGGUUAUAUCUUCGACUCACUGCCAAGCACCCAUACAUGUUGAUCCUCGCCGUCUAAUCAGCACGCCGGGCGGCAAGGGGAACAUGAAGACCGUUUACAAGGCGCCCCUGCCUCAAGGCGCACCCAACACCACCCAACCUACCUUUGAGCCCAAUAAGUUCAUGGGACUGUCUGGAAAAGCGCCGGGGCUUCAUAUUGGUUCGGGUCAGGUCGGGUUCGGCCAGGACGCACCACACGGAUUUGCAGAAGACAGCACAACUUGCCCAGUCGCCAUGCCGUUCUCCUCGAGCUCUUCAGACCCUGCCGACUUCUCGUUAGCCUCGCCCAUGGAUCUUGCUGCUGGUUUGCAUGCCACUGCGCCGUUGGACUUUGGAAAGCUUCUUCUGGGGGAUGGCCCACCUACUGCAGACUUUGAUGACAUGGACAUGGACUGGUUGCAUGAAGCCCAAGCAUCGCACACAGACUUUAUGGAAUUUCUUGACAUCGAUAGCGCCAACCCGACAGGCUGUCCGACGCAGGCAGAACGCGAACUCGACGAGUUGUUGCAACUGAACGUUGAGGACCACGCUGAACACUGCUUUCCGCAGCUGCCCGGACAGUCCCAGGAGAUGUCAGUCGACCACAGCACUUGUAUCGAAGCAACUUGUCUUUCGCCUGAGCAGAGCGAACAGAUCAGUGGUGGUCAUGCAGAGGCGAACCCUGACGGCAACAAGCAUGUCCACUCUCUUCCCACUAUUUCUGCAACCCAGUUGGCUAGUAUGACCCCUCUAGAGAAGCAGACUCUAGAGAGAUGGGAGACUGGCCUGAAAAAGUGCUCGCAUCUUCGUGAUCUGGACGCGUCAACGCUCGAAUGCCUCUGGCUAGAGCGCUGGAGUGCCGCUCAGACUGGCACGGAGGUCUGCCCGCACAUGGCGGAAACACCCAAGAAGCUGUGGCAGAUACCGAUCAAUACUGCGCUCGUGUAUCCCGAGAGUCACAUAAGCAUCACUUGA